ACGAGCAGGGACACCUUGCACCGUCUGUGGGGCGCAGGGGGGAGGGGGGAAAAAAAACAAACCCAAAAACCCACGGGGGCAUUCAAUAGCACAAAGCUGGAAUGUCCCUCCAAGAGCCCGCUCUCCCCGGACGUGGCCCCGUGCACGGAGGCGCCUUCAGCUGCGGCUGGUGACCCAUGUCUGCUCCUCCGCCUCCUCUGGAUGUCCGCCCCCGUCACCGCGGAUCGCCGUGAUUGAUGCUCUGUGUCCGGCUCCAGCUCCAGCAGUAUUCCCGAUCGGUGUGUGUGUCCGCUCCUCCGCCAACAUGUCCGCUCCUCUCGGGCCCAGGGGCGGCCCUCUGCCUCCCGCACAGCCGCUCGUGCCGGAGAUGCCGGAUCUCAGCCACCUGACCGAGGACGAGAGGAAGACCAUCCUGGCCGUCAUGGACCGGCAGAAGAAGGAAGAGGAGAAGGAGCAGUCAGUCCUCAAGGUGAAAGAAGAACAAAAACCUCAACUAUCACAGUGGUUUCCCUUUAGUGGGAUCACUGAACUGGUUAAUAACGUUCUACUGCCACAACCAAAGCAGCAAAAUGAGAAGGAGCCUGAGAAGAAAUUGCACCAGCAGUUUGAACUAUACAAAGAGCAAGUGAAAAAGAUGGGUGAAGAAGCUCAGCAGCAGCAAGAGCAGAAGGCUGAUGCCCCCACUUGCGGGAUCUGCCACAAAACGAAAUUUGCAGAUGGCUGCGGCCAUAACUGUUCAUAUUGCCAAACUAAAUUCUGCGCACGUUGCGGAGGUAGAGUGUCAUUGCGCUCAAGCAAGGUUAUGUGGGUAUGUAAUUUGUGCCGAAAACAACAAGAAAUCCUCACCAAGUCCGGAGCCUGGUUCUACAACAGCGGGUCAACCACAGCACAGAAGGACGGAGAAGAGGCUCAAGCAGGGCUCCAGAACGAAGAAGCACCUCAGGAGAAAAAGGCUAAACUACAAGAGCAAUCCCAAUACCAGGGACCCUCAGGGGACUUACUUACACCAGCCUCAGAGAAGAGCCGAUCACAGGGGAUCGUAAGGCAGGACUCCAUUAAGAAUGGCUCCGGAGUGAAGCACUCGGCUGCAGGUGAUCUCCCGUCAGACAGGAAAAGAAGCCCGUCAAUAUCCAGAGACCAGAAUCGCCAAUACGACGACGAUAUAGGGGAAAAUUCACAGUAUGUUACAACAGAUAGCGCAAUGCCUAGGUCACCUUCAGAUUAUUCUGAGAGGCGGUCCCCACGUGGGCCUCAGCUCUAUGAAGAACCUGAACAUAGCGACUACAGGAGAAGUCGGCGACGAUCCAAUGAGUAUUCAGUAGAUGAAGAGGACAAUCAGGACAGGGAUGAAUAUGAAAGACAAAGACGAGAGGAGGAGUAUCAAGCCAGGUAUAGAAGCGACCCUAAUUUGGCAAGGUAUCCAGUUAAACCCCAACCUUAUGAGGAGCAGAUGCGCAUCCAUGCAGAGGUGUCGCGGGCUCGUCAUGAGAGAAGACAUAGUGAUGUAUCUUUAGCUAAUACAGAGUUAGAGGAAUCUCGGAUGUCUAUGUUGAGGCUGGAUCGACCGUCUAGACAAAGGUCUGCAUCUGAGCGCAGAGCGGCCAUGGAGAGCCAACGCUCUUACUCUAUAGAAAGAACUAGAGAUGUACAGGGACCAAGUCCUGGUCGGCAAAGGAACUCAAAUCAUAGUCCCCCAACACCUAGAAGGAGCCCCAUUCCUAACGAUAGGCCAGAGUUAAGACGCACAGAUUCCUUGCGAAAGCAACAACACUUGGACCCAAGUUCUGCCGUGAGGAAAACCAAAAGGGAAAAAAUGGAAACCAUGCUAAGGAACGAUUCGCUCAGUUCAGACCAGUCUGAAUCGGUCCGGCCACCACCACCUAAGCCUCAUAAAACAAAAAAGGGAGGUAAAACGCGCCAGAUUUCAUUGAGUAGCUCAGAGGAAGAGUUGGCCUCUACUCCUGAAUACACGAGUUGUGACGAUGUGGAGAUUGAAAGUGAAAGUGUGAGUGAAAAAGGGGACAGUCAAAGGGGAAAAAGAAAAACUAGUGAGCAGGCAGUUUUGUCGGAUUCUAACACCUUGUCUGAAAGACAAAAGAAAAUGGUGUGCUUUGGAGCCCACUCAUUGGAAGAGGAAUUGGAAUGGUCAGAGCCUCAGAUAAAAGACUCUGGGGUAGAUACGUGUAGUAGCACCACCCUUAACGAGGAGCAUAGCCAUAGUGAGAAGCACCCGGUGACGUGGCAAGCGUCCAAAGAUGGCGACCGGUUAAUUGGCCGCAUCUUGUUAAACAAGCGAUUAAAGGACGGGAGCGUUCCUCGAGAUUCUGGAGCGAUGCUUGGACUGAAGGUUGUAGGAGGCAAAAUGUCAGAGUCUGGUCAUCUCUGCGCCUAUAUCACCAAAGUGAAGAAAGGGAGCCUGGCGGACACCGUUGGAAGACUACGACCAGGUGAUGAAGUUUUAGAAUGGAAUGGGCGGAUUUUACAAGGCGCCACAUUCGAAGAAGUUUACAAUAUAAUUCUGGAGUCCAAACCUGAGGCACAAGUAGAAUUAGUGGUCUCCAGACCAAUAGGAGAUAUCCCCAGGAUACCUGAUAGCACACAUGCCCCACAGGAUUCCAGUUCUAGUUCCUUUGAGUCCCAGAAAAUGGAUCGUCCCUCCAUAUCCGUUACGUCCCCCAUGAGCCCUGGAAUGUUGCGUGAUGUUCCCCAGUUCCUGUCUGGACAACUCUCAAGCCAAAGCCUUAAUAGAAGAACAGCGCCUUUUGUUCCUAGGGUCCAGAUAAAACUCUGGUAUGACAAAGUUGGUCAUCAAUUGAUUGUCACUAUAUUAGGAGCUAAGGACCUGCCAUCGAGGGAAGAUGGGAGACCGAGAAACCCUUAUGUUAAAAUUUAUUUUCUUCCUGAUCGAAGUGAUAAGAACAAAAGGAGAACAAAGACUGUGAAGAAAACAUUAGAACCCAAAUGGAACCAAACGUUCAUGUACUCUCCAGUUCCUCGAAGAGAGUUUAGAGAACGAAUGUUGGAGAUCACACUUUGGGAUCAAGCCAGAGUUCGAGAGGAAGAAAGUGAAUUCUUAGGAGAGAUUCUAAUCGAAUUAGAAACUGCACUUUUAGAUGAUGAGCCACAUUGGUACAAGCUUCAGACGCAUGAUGUGUCCUCAUUGCCACUACCCCACCCGUCCCCAUUUAUGCAACGGAGGCAGAUACACGGGGAGAGCCCAACUAGAAGAUUGCAAAAUAGAGGCCCAUAUUCAUAUAAUUCAGGAUCCAAAAGGAUAAGUGACAGUGAAGUGUCUGACUAUGACUGCGAUGAUGGAGUCGGGGUUGUAUCAGAUUUUCGGCACAAUGGUCGUGAUAUGCAGAGUUCAACAUUAUCCGUACCAGAACAGGUCAUGUCAUCAAAUCACUGUUCCCGCUCAGGAUCCCUCCAUGUAGAUAGUAUAGGUCGGACUAGAUCCUGGUCUCCUAGUGUUCCGCCUCCUCAAAGUAGGAGUUUGGAACAGGGACCAAGAGCAACAAGAUCUGGCCCUGCACAUUACAAUUACAUGGGCAGAGUGGAAAGACAUCGUGUAUUAGAUAACCACUACUCCCCAGACAGAGAAAGUCAUUAUCUCACACUACCUCGCACCAGAUUCAGUCAGUCCUUUGACCAUCAUCUAAGAGAUCCAAGCACGGAUCACCCCAUGUAUCCUAUCUUUUGUGAAGAUGCUAUCCGAUUGCUGCGUUCCCGUAAGAUGUGCCGUACUUAUUCUGAGGGUGCUUACAAUGAUCUUGAGAGGAGAACUAGUCAAGAGAGACGAGUGCCUAAUUCACAUUGCAGUGAACCUGCCCCUUCUCCUGAAAGGUUAUACAAUGGUGCAAGUGCGUGGGCAGAUCAUGUAGUCAAUGGUUCAGCUGAGUCCCCAGGGAAUUGCGAAGCGGCAGAUAGACACCCAUAUCAAAGAUCCAGGUCCACAGAACAACGGCCUGUACUUGAGCGGACCAACUGCCGCUCCCGAUCCACUGAACGCCCUGACUCAAACCUCAUGAGGUCGAUGCCUUCAUUAAUGACGGGAAGAUCAGCCCCUCCUUCACCUGCCUUAUCGAGGGCACAUCCGCGCACUGGCUCUGUUCAGACCAGCCCUUCAAGCACCCCAUUAGCAGGACGUAGAGGCCGCCAGCUACCACAGCUUCCGCCAAAGGGUUCGCUGGACAGAAAAUACAGGACGGCAGAACAAGAGAAUGGGGAUCCAGGUUCAAUGGAUGUAGAGGAGAGAAAUCGACAGAUGAAAAUGAAGAUGAACAAGUUCAAGCAGGUGGCGGGGUCCGACUCCAGGCUGGAGAAAGAUUAUCAUUCCAAGUAUCGGCCAGGCCGGGAUCCACAGAGAGGUUCGGACAAUGUCUCCAACAAGUCGUCAGACAGCGAUGUGAGUGACGUGUCUGCUGUGUCCAGGACAAGCAGUGCCUCCCGAUUUAGCAGUACCAGCUACAUGUCUGUGCAAUCGGAAAGGCCGCGAGGGAACACCAAAAUAAGAAGAUUGAAAGAAAUAGGGGACAGGAGCGAUAGGAGAGAGGGAGGACAGGGUGGGGAGAACCACAUGGGCUUCCCUGAGGAGGAUGAGGAGGACAUCAGGGAGGAAAGGGAUAGUGAGAAAGUAGUGGAGGAGGCUCAAAGAGCCAGAGAGAACUCACUCAAGAGAGGAAGUAAGGGCUCGAUUGAGGAGGAGAUCCUGCAUGCUGAGAAAGAUGGAGAAAUGCAUGAACCUGAAGAAAAUCACGAAGAGGUUCUGCCAAGGAGGUUGUCAGAGAAUGACAUCAGUGUUUUUACAUCCAAAAUGCAAAGCAGACAGAUGGGCGCCUCGGGGAAGAACAUGACUAAAAGUACCAGCAUCGGAGGGGACAUGUAUACCUUGGAGAAGAAUGACGGCAGCCAGUCCGACACAGCAGUGGGCACAGUGGGUACUGGCAAUAAGAAGAGAAGAUCCAGCAUCGGCGCCAAAAUGGUGGCUAUUGUUGGCCUCUCACGGAAAAGCCGAAGUACCUCACAGCUCAGCCAAACAGAAGUCGGAGGCAAGAAGUUGAAAAGCACGAUCCAGAGGAGCACGGAGACGGGCCUGGCGGUGGAGAUGAGAAACUGGAUGACCAGACAAGCAAGCCGAGAGUCUAAUGAUGGAAGUAUGAACAGCUACAGCUCGGAGGGGAACCUAAUAUUUCCUGGAGUCCGGUUGGGGUCUGACAGUCAAUUCAGUGACUUCCUCGAUGGGCUCGGUCCUGCACAAUUAGUUGGACGCCAGACCUUAGCUACUCCGUCUAUGGGUGAUAUCCAGGUUGGAAUGAUGGACAAGAAAGGAAAAUUAGAAGUGGAGAUUAUAAGAGCUCGGGGUCUCGUCGUAAAACCAGGAUCAAAGACACUGCCAGCACCGUAUGUAAAGGUGUAUCUCUUGGAAAAUGGAGUCUGCAUAGCCAAAAAGAAAACAAAAGUAGCAAGAAAAACGCUGGAGCCUUUAUACCAGCAACUGUUAUCUUUUGAAGACUCACCGCAAGGAAAGGUCUUACAGAUAAUUGUUUGGGGUGAUUAUGGACGUAUGGAUCACAAGUCAUUUAUGGGUGUAGCACAGAUACUAUUAGAUGAACUGGACCUAUCCAAUAUGGUGAUUGGAUGGUUUAAACUGUUUCCCCCUUCCUCUCUAGUAGACCCAACAUUAGCUCCUUUAACCCGAAGAGCAUCCCAGUCAUCUCUGGAAAGUUCCACAGGACCUUCUUAUGCUCGGUCAUAGCACCUGUGAUAAAACUGUUGUCUCUGCAACCAGCGUUUCAAAAAAGACAAACAUCAAAAAACAAAAUCACAAGAUAUCAAAAUCUGACAGGUCGCACACCCUGGUAAACACUGCAUGCUUAAUGUUGUGUCCUCGGAGCCUGUUUCUAGGGAUAAGGAGCGAUCCUGUGUUCUCAGCGGAUGUUGCACACAUUGUGCUCUAUAGAAGGUUCUCAGGUGGAGUGGAGCUAACCAACAGGUUUGGAGAUGGGUGCUCAGUUCUAGUCUAAUUUGAAGCCAUGGAUUACUGACACUAGAAAAAAAAAUGCUUCAUGCAACGAAAGUCAUGGUCAGUGGCAUAUCACAUUGUUGCAAAAUUUUCUUUUUGUAUUUGCCCCCCCCCCUCCCCCCAAGGACUGGGAACCCACCCAAGAAAAAGUUCUACGUAAGCAGCGAGACGAUCGAAGAUGAUGGCGUAAGACAGUACACCAGUGUUAUCCAGGAUGAUCAUUGUGGAAGUUCACAUGGGCCCGUAGUCUGAAGAACUUGGUUUAUAAUAAUCUUCCAAGGAAUCCAUUACAAGAUGAUUUCUUCAGGGAAGAAUUAUGUCCGUGGCUAUUCCAUAAUAAAAUUAAAAAAAACUAAACUUUUUGUUUAAAUUAUUUAUUUUAUUUUUUCAAAAAAUUUAUUUUGCAUGGACACGGAUCUAACGGAAAACUGAAAUUAUUUUCUUUGGGCUGCAACUUGCAAAAAACAAAAACAAAAAAAAUAAAAGUGACCGAAAUAGAUACAGCCAUUUUCAACAAUUUCUAUUCUUUUUAAACAGAGCAAAUUUCACUAGUGCAUGGUUUUAAAGGGGAGAGAAUGCAACAGCGUGAAACAAAGACAAACCACGUUUCUCAUUCCUAAAAAAAAAAACGACAGAAAAAAAAAAUACCAACAGUCUUUGGUCUGUGUUUUGGCAGACGUAUGUUAAAAUGGUAAAAUAAAUAAUAAAAAAAUUCUUUCUAGCAAAUAUUGAAAAAAAAUUCUCUUUAUGUGAAGAAAUAAAUGUAACAUACGAUUUAUUUAAAUGUGAAAGGUACAAGCCUUGUAAAGUUUAACAUUAUGUGCAAAUUGUACAUGUCUCUCAUGUCUCCCACCGGUCCCUCAUUUUUGGCAUUGUGUCCUCCAGUUCCAUGUAUCUCCCAGACCUCUUUUCUGAUUCUGUUGUUUAGGGUUUGUUAAUGGCGCACACAUCGAUCCCCCCCCCCCCUCGCCCUUCCCUGCCCAUUGUGUGCCAUCACUGCUCCUUUUGCCUUUGUUUCAGAAGAAGGUUUUGCAGUCUUUUUAACCCUUCGUUUACCCUACCCUUUGACAAAAAAAAUUAUAAAAAAAACUUAGUUUGACCUGACAAAAAUGGAAGCGUCCAAGCCUCCUGGCUUCCAGUGCAUAUCAACCUUUCUUUAUUUCAAGCAUGUUGAAAACUAUUUUUGCAACAUGGCUUGAGAAUACCUAAGGUAAUUCAGCAUGUAUUUGAUAUAGAAGAUAUUUGAACUUUUUUGCAAUAUCUUGUACAGUGCAUGGUAACUAUUUUUUUCACCAUCCAAUUGAGUCUUAAUGGGAAAACAAAAAAUAUUACAGUGACGUGGCCAUUUUCAAAAUAAUAAAAAGAAAAAAGAAAACCUCUUUCUUUGUCAGCACCGAGCAUUGUUAUCUUGAGGGUUAAAACGGAAAUUCCUACCAUGGAACAUUAUAGUAUCCACUAUUUUUAAAGAACGGACGCCUUUUUUGCACUUUGUCAGAGUUCUGUAUCAUACCAGGUGAAGUUUUUACUUGCGCUUUAAUUUUCAGUGCUGCGAAGGUCGAACUUUUCAAACUCUUUGUUACUAAGGACAGUUCAACUCGGUGUCUUGGCCGGAAGCAACUAAUCGUCCAGCCGAUGGCACUCCUAAUGUUUAAGUAAUUAACAGAGAGGUUGUUGUAGAAAUAUAUUAAUAUGAAUAUAUAGAACAUUUGUCCACCGGGGCUCUGGCUGCCAUAUUUGUGGACCCACAAUCUUGGGAACACAACUGUUGAGUUCUGUAGGACAUCCCUGUUCAUUCCCCCUCUUAAAGAUGGAUACCAAAAAUAUCUGUUUGGGUGUGUUGAGCGUAUUGCAACUUGAAAAUUGAAGUUAUAUAUUAUGUGUUUCACCGGCUCAGGCCGAUGAAAUACCAUACUGCCUUUUUUCCCCCCUAUUUUACCAAAUUCUUAGGUAGCCUGUGGCCCUCCAGCAGUUGUGUAACUAGAAGGCCUACAAUACCAACCAUAGGGUGUCCAGGCAUGUAGGAACGUACAGUACGGUUCCACAUCUGCUGGAGGGUCCUAGUUUCUUUACCUCUUCCCAUAAUGAACGAUAGAGUGACAUAAAAUGCACAUAGAAUAUUUUUGUUUUUUUGAACGUGCAUAUACUGUAAAUUGUUUAUAUGCAGACCUACGGUAUACUUACAUGUAAGUUUGUGUUUACAUACACAAAUGUGAAUAGGCAUAUUUAUAUAUGUGUUUAUGCAUAAGAACGUGUGUAUAUGAAGAUACACAUCCGCAAGCACACACGUAGACAGCGAUGGCGAUGAUGAUUUGAAUGUGACAGCUUGUGGAAGAAUAUCAGGAAUAAAUGUUAUCCCGUCUCCUCCCCCACCGGUAUCAUUUGGCAAAAAAGAAAAAUCGAAAAAUAUUGUAGGCCUCAUUUUCCAGAUCACUUAGUCAGUUCUUGUUGCGCAUAGCAACCAAUCGGGGUUCAGCAUUCAUUUCUUAAGCUGCUAUGGAAAAAUGUAAGCUGAGCUCUGAUUGGUUGCUAUGGGCAACAAGGCUGGUUCGAUAAUGGAGGCCAUAAUGUAACCUCCGGGGGCAACCCGAUAACUGCCUUUUAAAACUAGUAGUCGUAGAUUGAUGAGGUAGAUAGCUUAUUAAAUGUGAUAUGAAUUAUGGAGUCAAUAACAUUAAUUUAGAUGGCUGUGAACCAGCGAAAUCUAUAUAUAUAUAUAUAUAUAUAUAUAUAUAUACAGUACCAUCUACAGUAUCAUCAUGUCAUAAAUAACAACAAAAAUUUCUGGUAUUGAAAAUGCAGUGUAAUAUGUUGUUUUCUGAAAAUAAAAAAUCCCAAGAUGCAUUUUUUUUCUUUCUAAUUUUUAUAGGGAGAACAAGACCGUAUAUAAGAUUUGUACAUAAGUAUCAUUAUGCAGUAUUUAUUUUAAAGAAAAUAAAAUUAUGUAUUUUUUUUUUUUUAUUUCACAUGUCUGCAGCUGUGCCCAUGGUAUAGUCAUGUAUUCGCACUAUCCCGGUGACUACUGCAGUCUUGUACAUAGUACGUUUUAAAAGCAAGAGGAAUUUACAGUUGAGUGAUAUGGCAGAUUAGCCUUGCAAAUGAGCACCAACUAAUGUAAAGCAUAUUAAUUACGAUGGUGGUAUUUAACACUUUAAAUAAAACAUUUUCUUUACA